AUGGUAGCAGACUCAGAAUCAGACGAUCACAACUUUCAAUUGCGUAUUCAACCCAGGUCGGGUUUCACAAACCGACUCCUCACACAUAACCUUUAUAGAACGACAGAGCUUAGUGCUUUCAUAGAAGGACCCUAUGGACAAGGAUUCGACCUUCGAGACUUUGGUACAGUAGUUCUGUUCGCUAGUGGGAUUGGGAUUGUUGGCCAUCUUGCCUUUGUUCAGAAGCUCAUACGCGACCACCGACAAUCAAAGACUAAGACAAGGGAUCUUCUUCUAGUCUGGCACGUGGAUGAUAAGUAUCAGCUGGACUUGGUGUGGGAGGUCAUGAAUACCAUACUAAGAAAUGACGAUCUUCCAGGCGCUGUAACAAACAAAAAUACCAGUAUCCCAUCUAGAAAUGGAAAGACAGAUCGAUACUUGGACGGUAGUGCCACCGAAGAAAGUCCAGGAGUACGACCUGCACCGCAUGGAGAGAAUGCAAAUGUUUACAUCUACGGCGACUACGAUAUCUUAAAUGAGGCCGGAAAUGCAGUAUUAUACAGGCGGUCAGGUAAUCGAAUUGCUGAGGUAAAAGGCGAGCCAAACGUAGGACAGAUUAUUAGCGAUGUUCUAAAUACGAGAGUUGGAAGACUCGCAAUCUGUGGUAAGCUAUGUCAUUCACUAUCGCUACACUAA